AUGCUUCGUCAAUUGCGCCCGCAGAGUGUGCUUUUCAAGCAGUCGCCUUCGAGGCUGAUACUUGCAGCAUGGGAGGGCUCGAGAUCCUACAGUAUCCAGGCCAAAGCUGCGUCCACGGCGAAGCUCCAGGAUAUCGACCUGAGCAAGCUGUCUAUCACAAAGACCACUACACCAAAAGAACUCGUUCCUUCAAAUGAAUUGGUCUUUGGCAGAACGUUCACAGAUCAUAUGCUCAGUCUCGAAUGGACCGCCUCAGAUGGCUGGCUUCCCGCACGAAUCACUCCCUACCAAAAUCUCUCCCUCGAUCCCGCAAGCUGCGUAUUCCACUACGCAUUUGAAUGCUUCGAAGGCAUGAAAGCCUACAAAGACAGCAAAGGACAAGUCAGACUUUUUAGACCAAUGAAGAACAUGGAAAGAAUGAACAGCUCAUCUGCACGAAUUGCACUGCCUACAUUUGACGGAGCCGCUAUGAUCCAACUGAUCGCCAAGUUUGCCGCUAUGGAGGAGCGAUUCAUUCCUUCUACCAGAGGAUAUUCGUUAUAUCUGCGGCCGACAAUGAUUGGCACGCAAAGAACGCUGGGUGUUGGUCCUCCUGGCUCUGCAUUGUUGUUUGUUAUUGCUUCGCCAGUUGGUCCGUACUAUCCAACGGGCUUCAAGGCUGUAUCACUGGAAGCCACAGAUUACGCUGUUCGAGCUUGGCCUGGAGGAGUAGGUGACAAGAAGCUUGGAGCAAAUUAUGCUCCUUGCAUUGCCCCCCAACUGGAAGCUGCCAAAAGAGGAUUUCACCAGAACUUGUGGCUGUUUGGUGACGAGGAGUUUGUUACGGAGGUUGGAACCAUGAACAUGUUCGUGGCUAUCAAGAACAAGGAAACUGGACAGAAUGAGCUCAUUACCGCGCCUCUUGACGGUACGAUCCUUGCGGGCGUAACUAGAGAUUCAGUGCUAUCACUAGCACGGGAGAAACUGGCACCAGAAGGAUGGAUCAUCUCAGAGCGAAAGUACACUAUGCAAGAGCUCUCGGAUGCGGCGAAGGAAGGGAGACUGAUUGAGGCAUUUGGUACUGGGACUGCCGCGGUUGUGAGUCCAGUACGGAAUAUCAGCUGGAGGGGUAACCCGGUAGAGUGUGGGUUGAGACCUGAUCAGGAGGCUGGGGAGAUUGCACAAAAGAUGAAGGACUGGAUUGAGGCGAGGCAGUAUGGUGAUGAGGAGCAUGAAUGGAGUUACGUUGUUCCUCAAUAG